UCACGGUCAAGGCUCGCAGAGCGGCCACGCUCGAUCUAGUGCGCUGUAUCGCCUACUAUUUCGCACCCGCAUAAAGCGUAUAUCAACAUGCCAUGGAAAGAUCACUUCAGUCGUUUCAAACAAGAACUAAACCAUUUAGUCGCUGAGCCAGGAACAGCGUCGCAGCCACCACCUGUGCCACCUCACCCUCCAGCUGUGCCCCCAUUUCGCGGCGAAGUAUAUUGGAAACCUCAAUUCUACCCUAAUGUUCCAGUUAGUCUUGAGUGGGAGGCUAAGCUAGGCAAUGGGCCAGAUGGAUGGGGCAAUCAAGAGCUGCAAUUUUAUACUGCAGAACCACAAAAUGCUUUCCACACGCCUGAAGGGUUGCUUGUCGUACGAGCCCUUGCAAACAAUUCUGCGCCUUCGGCAGAGCAGCGAUAUACGUCAGCUCGUCUAGUCAGCAGACAGACUCUUGCUCGCGACAAAGGUGUUUUAACCGCCACGAUAGUAUCUCCUUGCGCAGAGGGUAUCUGGCCCGCUUUCUGGCUUCUGCCUCGAGAGCCUUUCUCUUGGCCCACCGAUGGCGAGAUUGACAUCGCAGAAACUUGGAACGGAGAUCACGAAAAUCGCUCUUGUCUUCACUGGGGGUUUCAUCACGAACCACAGAAGCACCGAGUUUUAGGUACUCGUAUUCCCGAUAUGCACUCUCGUCCUGUGAGAUAUGACUUUGCCUGGGAACAGCCCAACGGUGUACCUGGCCAGGGAAGAAUGAUCUGGUACAUUGAUGGAAGGCCUGUAAUGAAGGGCGAAGUUCCAAGCGGGACUCGACCACUUCGAGAUAUGAACAUAUUAUUGAACGUGGCAGUAGGUGGGAAUGUCUGUGGUGGCAAAGUGCCCCGAGAUGGGUACUAUGAUAUGGUUAUUUACAACCUCUCUGUUCUCAGUGAGCCAGAACAUGGAGCUUGGGCCCGGUUUGAGCAAGAUUGGCAUCAUCCUUCUGUACCCGCGGGGAACACUUACUAGAUUCUCUUUAUAGCAAUGACUUUUCUGCUGACCAUAUUAAGGACAUUUAUAAUAUAUGAUCAAUCCUCAUUCCAGCAUUCAGCCGGUCCAUAUUAAAAACAACGGGAUAUUUGCCGCGG